UCAGCGCUCGUUGCCUCUCUCGCCCUUGUUAUCGUGUUCGUCUCGUCUUCGUUUUCUUGGCUGCGAAGUAAUCAGUAAUCACAGUGUGUUGGAUCCAUCAAACCUGAGCGGUUCCUUAACCAGAACAUGAACAGUUCGAGUAUUAUUUUUGAGGAUUUCAAUAAGAAUAAUAUCAUCCACAAGGAGAUUCGCUUCAGUUUUCGCAUUCGAUUACGAUCGUUGCUGCUUUUUCUCGACGAUUUUUCAUUGUUUCGAAACAGAUAGUCUUCACCAUUGCAGUAGUUCUCUUCUUGCUCUAUCUCCCGAUUAUCGAAGCUUCACCAAGCUUCCAUAAUUUUGCAGGUGACCUUUUGUUCACAGUCCAUUGUCUUUGUUUAGUGCCAGAGAUCGAUGGCUAAAAAAGGAAAGAAGGAUAUCGUUGGGGAAGAAGAGAACGUUGCAACCCAGGAUGGGACUAAACCCAAGAAGAUGGGUCAAGUCAUUCCCGAUGAUGAAUGGGAUAAUGCCAAGUAUGAAAAUAAAGAAGAUGACUGUGAUUCUAAUGUUAUUACCUUCUCUGGUAAGAAGAAGUCAUCAAAAUCUUCCAAGAAAGGCUUUAGCUUCUUUGCCACUGCACGUCUUGAUGAAGAGGAAGGGAAUGAUAUAUAUGCCUCUGAGCCGCAGGUGGAAACCCCCAUUGAUGAAAGCAUAGUGGAGAAUGAAGAUGCCCCAACCAUUAAAAAUAAGAAUGCCACUGAUGCUGUAGUUAAUAAACAGUGUAGCAAGGAAGUCUUGGAGGUAUCUAAGAACGAGAAGAAGAGAAGUGGUAGGCCACCUUGGGUGGAGGUUGAAUUAGAUAAAAUGAUUGCUGAGCUUGGUGAAGGCUCUGCUCUUUCCAUACCUUCUCCUGCUUAUCCAUGUGAGGUGGAGGUUACUCCUCUAGAAGAGGUGAAGGUUCAGGUUAAGCUUCAAGAAGUUUUUGCAUUUGGCUCCAAGGGUGAGGGGGAGGAAGCUGAAGGAGAAGGCAGUGAAUCUGCUGCUGCAAAGAAGAAGAGAAAGAAGAAGGAAAAGGUAAAGGCAAGGAAGGUAGCAGCAACUGUGGAUGUAAAGGAAAAAAUACAGGAACAGGCCAAAAUCAAGGUUUCAGAUAACAAGGUGCCAAAGCAUGUUAAAGAAAUACGGGAGGCACUAGAGAGGUAUAGAGAAGCUGAAGAGAGGAUGAAGAGAGAAGAAGAAGAAAGGUCCAGGAAGGAAGAAGAAGAACUCCGUCAGCAAGAGGAACUUAUGAGGCAGGUUGAGGAGGCCAGGCGCAUGAAGAAGGAGAGAGAAAAAAAUAAGCUUCUGAAGAAAAAACAGGAGGGCAAGCCUGUAACUGGUAAACAGAAGGAAGAAGCCCGACGGUUGGAGUCAAUGAGGAAUCAGUUUCUUGCUCAAGCUGACGCUGGGCUCCCCUAUGAAGAUACUGGUGGUGGGCCAUCGAAAAGACCCAUGUAUCAGACAAAGAAGUCAAAACCAGCUCAUGCGCUGGCCUCUCUUAAGGCUGUGGCAAAGGAAGACCACACCACUGCUGGUGAUGUGACAGAGGCUGAAAAGGUUGAAAAAGUGAAGUCCUCGAAGUUGGAAGUUGAGCAAAGAGUUGAAGCAAAUGGAAUUGAAUAUGAAGGAGAUCAUGAUGAAGAUACAUGGGAUGCAAAGAGCUGGGAUGAUGCUGCUGUGACUUUUCCUGUUAAGUGCACAUUUGCUCAGGAGGAAGUUGAGCCUGAGCCUACAGUAAAGAAUGAAACCAAGUAUGCCAGAGCACCAGUUUCUGAGGAUGCUGCUGGCCCUGCUGUUGCACGCAGAACUGCAAAGUCUAAUAACAGCAAGAUAGAAUCUGUGAUGAAAAAAGAACUGACUGAAGCCAUCUGUAACCAAAGCCUGGAUGAUCUCCAUUCUCCAAUUUGCUGUGUUCUGGGACAUGUUGAUGCAGGCAAAACCAAGCUGUUAGAUUGCAUUCGAGGCACUAAUAUUCAGGUGGGUGAAGCUGGAGGUAUCACGCAGCAGAUUGGUGCAACCUAUUGUCCCAUGGAGAGGAUACAGGAGAGAACCAAGGAACUAAAAGCCGAUGCAAAGUUCCGGGUGGUCCCAGGUCUUCUUGUCAUUGAUACCCCAGGGCAUGAACCAUUCUCAAAUUUACGGUCACGGGGCUCAGAUUUAUGCGAUAUAGCAAUAUUAGUUGUUGACAUAAUGGAGGGUCUAAAACCACAGACGAUUGAAUCUCUCAGUCUACUGAAAAUAAGGAAUACUGAUUUUGUUGUUGCAUUGAAUAAGGUGGACAGAUUGUACGGGUGGAAGAGUUUCCCCAAUGAACCUAUUAUUGAAUCUUUGAAGAAACAAUCAAAUGAUGUACAAAAUGAGUUCAAAAUGAGGCUUACUAGGAUUAUCACUCAGUUCAAGGAGCAAGGUGUGAAUACUGAGCUGUACUAUAAAAACAUGGACAUGGGAGAAACUGUCAGUAUUGUUCCUACAAGUGCAAUUAGCGGGGAGGGCAUUCCAGAUCUUCUAUUGUUAUUGGUACAAUGGGCUUCAGAAACUAUGGUGGAAAAGCUUAUGUUUAGCAAUAAAGUCCAGGGCACAAUUUUGGAAGUUAAAAUUGUUGAAGGCCUGGGGACAACCAUUGAUGUUGUGUUAAUCAAUGGUAUCCUUCAUGAGAGGGAUCAAAUAGUUGUUUGUGGCAUGCAGGGGCCUAUUGUUACCAACAUCCGUGCCUUAUUGACCCAUCAUCCAAUGAUGGAAAUCCAAGUACAGGGAGAAUAUUUGCAACAUAAAGAGUUGAAGGCUACGCAGGGUGUAAAGAUAGCUGCACAGGGCCUUGAACAUGCCAUUGCGGGCACUUGUUUAUAUGUGGUCGGCCCUGAAGAUGAUCUGGAAGACAUCAAAGGAGCGGCAAUGCAAGAAGCAGCAGUGCAACACAUGGCAUCAUUCAUGAGCAGAGGCGAGGGUGUUUGUGUGCAAGCCUCUACGUUUGGCUCCUUGGAAGCAUUGUUGGCAUUCUUGAAGAACCAAAAGGUUAACAUACCAGUCAGUGAUGUGAGCAUUGGUCAUGUGCAUAAGAGGGAUAUUAUGAGGGCCAGUGUCAUGCUUGAGAGGAAGAAGGAAUAUGCCACCAUCUUGGCUUUUGAUGUCAAAGUGUCAACCGAGGCACAUGAGCUUGCACAAAAGACUGGUGUUAAAAUAUUUGUUGCUGACAUCAUCUAUGACUUAUUCAAACAGUUUAGAAUUUAUGCUGAUUCUCUCCAGGAAGAAAAGAAGAAGGCAGCUGCAGAAGAAGUGGUGUUUCCAUGUGUUUUGAAGGUUCUACACAUUUAUAAUAGGGAGCCACUUCUUGUGGGGGUUGAAGUUAUUGCUGGCAUGGCUAAGGUUGGCACGCCAUUAUGUAUUCCUUCAAGGGACCCCAUUGAUAUUGGUCGAAUUUCGUCCAUUGAAAUAAAUCGUAAACCUCUUCUAGAGGCCAAGAAAGGGGAAAAGGUAUCCUUAAAGAUAACGAGCUACAAUUCUGAGAACCAAAGAAAGGUGUUCAGAAGGAAUUCAAGGGAGAUAGCUGAGCUUGUUAGCAUCAUCAAUAGAAGGUCUAUAGAACUUCUUAAAGAACAUUUUUGGGAAGUGGUGACUAGUGAGGACAGGAAGCUAUUACUGAUGCUGAAGCAGCUUUUCAAGAUACGAUGAACUCGGAAACCCUUAGUGUAUUUGGGUUGCUUAUGUUUUGAGUAUCUAUAGAACUAUAAAUCGUAGUUAUUUGAAUUCCUAUGCAUUAAAAAAAAAAUCCAAUUAGUGAAAUUCUGUAGUUUUGGAACUUUGGAUAAUAAUAGAGCAUACUUGUGUGGCAGAGAUUAGUCGACCACCCUAGAAAUGAAAGAUUCUCUUUUUUCC